AAUAUUUAGUGGAUUCGUCGAACUAGUAACCCUCACGUUUCUCUCUUUAUUAGCAUUUUUGGUGGGUCAAAAUGAUUCGGCGACAUUAGUUGAUUGGCGGAGUAUAAAAGAUUAUUUACCCUAAAUCCUUUUCUUAACCAGUUGUACAACUUACAUCUACAAGAGUACUGUAUUCCGUUACUCGUCGGCUGCUAGACCGUGUUCCGCCGACGAGGAUUUGCAAAGCGAUGGCGGAAGAAGCUGUAUUAGGUCAUCUAGAGAAGAAUGAAGAGAUAUCGGAUUCAGGGAAAUUCGCCGAGGAAAAGGGAAUCAGUCACGAUGAGAUCGUCAAUGUCAUCAAGAGCCUCAACGGUUUCCGACUCGUCGACGCUCAAGACAUUAAGAGAGAAAGAUGGGGGCUCACCAAGGAGGGGGAAAUGUAUGCUGAGUCAGGAUCUCCUGAAACCCAACUCUUUUUAGCUAUACCACUAGAGGGUAUAACACGGGAAGAGUUGCAGAAAAAGUUGGACUCCUCAAUUUUCAAAAUAGGUUGCCAGCAGGCCAUAAAGAACAAAUGGAUAGAGAUGGGUAAAUCACAUGUAUCCAGGAAGGUACAACAUGUUGAUGACAGAGUGAGAGAUCUGCUCAUGCAGAUUCAAAAUGGGGAGGCAGUCAACGCUGAGGAUGUUGAUGCUCUCAAAAAAAGAAAGCUUAUUACUCCACUGAUAUGGAAAGGCUAUUCAGUUAAAAAGGGUCCUAAAUAUGCUCCAAAAAGGAAAAAGGUGGCUACCGAUCUAACUCGAGAGAAUCUGCUAAGAGAGAGUGAAUGGGAAGGUGUCCCUUUCUAUUUGUUCAGGAUGUAUGCUUUUCUAUACAUUAAGAUGUGGCUGUUAUUAAUCUAUGAUGGUUUUGUUGGGUUUUGCAGCUUCUGGAACUUCGAUGCACUGUUCCAGCCUCAACAACACCCAGCUCGUGAUUCGCAUGAUACAUUCUUUUUGAAAGAGCCCUCUACUACAAAAAUACUUCCUGAAGAUUAUGUUGAGCGGGUGAAGGGAGUCCAUGAAUCUGGUGGUUAUGGGUCCAGGGGGUAUGGGUAUGAAUGGAAGAGGGAAGAAGCAAACAAGAAUCUUCUGCGGACUCAUACUACUGCCGUUUCAACCAGGAUGCUGUAUGCACUUGCACAGGACUUUGCUCCCAAAAAGUACUAUUCAAUAGAUCGUGUUUUCAGGAAUGAAGCCGUGGAUCGGACGCAUCUUGCAGAGUUCCACCAGAUAGAAGGUUUAAUUUGCGAUCGUGGGCUUACUCUUGGACAUUUGAUAGGAGUUCUUGAAGAUUUCUUCUCUCGUCUUGGAAUGUCAAAGCUUAAAUUCAAGCCUGCUUACAAUCCAUAUACGGAACCCAGCAUGGAAAUCUUCAGUUAUCACGAAGGUUUAGGGAAAUGGGUCGAAAUUGGAAACUCAGGCAUGUUCAGACCUGAAAUGCUGCUUCCCAUGGGGCUUCCUGAAGAUGUUCAGGUUAUUGCAUGGGGCCUUUCCCUUGAAAGACCCACUAUGAUACUUUAUGGGAUCGACAACAUUAGAGAUCUCUUCGGACACAAGGUGGAUCUUGGUCUUAUUAAGAGGAACCCAUUAUGCCGCCUUGGUCUUUAAUUGAUCCAAACCAUUCCAUAUGAGAGUUUUUCCUUAAGUUCUUUUAUGGUGACUUGUCCAAAAAGCUUAAAUUUGGAUUCCAGAUACACAAGUAAUCGAAUAGUGAGUUUUAUAAACCAUUUUGUAGCAAUGCUAAGAAAUGCUCCCAAGGCAUCUGUUGUGGUAUUGUUAGAUGGGAAUUUGUUGAUGCAUCAACUUUAGAUUGAACCUUUUCAAGGCUGUGGAAUCAAUCCUUGAAUUCGUUACUUGGCAAUGUGGCUUUCUUGUGUUGUGUAUUUUGUUACCUCUUAUCUUAAUGUGCUGCAACAUUUA